GCUAUUGAAUAAACCGCUUUAGAAAAACCCAGAAACCCUUCAAAGUGCAACGUUUUCUUCACAUUAACAUUCAAAAAAAUUGAUUUUCACGUUUAAGAGAGGUGAAGGUGAAGAAGAACAAUGUCCAAGUCUUGCAAAGGAUUAGCCAUGGAAUUAGUUAAGUGUCUCAGUGAAACUGAUUGUGUUAAGGUUGAUAAUAGAUCAUACAAAGAAUGUGCUGGAGAGAAGACUCCGUCAAUUUCAGCUGAGUGUGUUGGACUUAGGGAAACCUAUUUCAAUUGCAAAAGAGGACAGAUUGACAUGAGAGCUAGGAUUCGUGGAAACAAAGGGUAUUAAUGAUGCCAUACACCGGAAAACUGCGGUAUUGUGCUGUCCAGUUUUGGUACUUUCAUUAGUUUACUCAAGAUGAGUUCAACUCAAAGUGAAAGAUGAGAAUCAGUCAGAGAAAUGGAAAGCUCUGUAAUAAUUGUUUGAGAUCAUGGCAUUGUAAUGUUUUCAUGCACAUGAAAGAGGAAUUUUGAUAUGUUAAGAGAGAACAUUAAUAUAGACAAUACUCCCAAGGGUUAGAUGAAUAUAAUGAUAAGUCAUACUUUCAAUUUAUUUCAUAAUUCAUCAUCGAAAACUUUAUGGACUA